AUGGAUCCGUUCCAAUGGCAACAGUAUCCACAACCGGGAUCCUCGUCAUCUGUGUCCGGCACUUCAGAACUAUUUAGCUCAACGUUCGCCAUGUUAAGCGACACCUCUACCGCUACUUAUCCAGAGCAGUGGCAUGAGAACAAGUCUGAAUGCGACUCGACGUUCUACUUUGACGCUGUGCCGGGUCCAUAUGGGCAGCCGCCGAACAAUAUGUACUAUCCUGUACAUGAACAAAGAUUUCAACAGUCUUUUCCGGAUGCCUACCACCGUGUCGCUGCUCCACAAUUCGAGCAUCAAGUGCCAUUAUCGGAACCGAUUCAAAUCACUGCCAAUUAUCCUCCAAUGCAUUUCAAUCAUCACCAAUCUCAGCAAAAAAUCGACUUCACAUCGUCAACAGCACUUUCAAUGGGAGCCGGUCAGCCUUCAGCACCUCCUCAGACGAUUCUUCCCACAGCUCCACUGCCUCGUCCAUCUACCGUAUCUCCCUGUGAGCAAACGUCACUUAGCAGCCCAACAUUGACAUCAAAUAGCGGCUCGGCUGCUUCCGAGACUCCACCCAUUUCCGGAGAGGCGAUCUCAACUGACUUGGAGGUGGGUACUUAG